UCUUGCACAGGUGUACCGGCUCCUCCCCUUCAGUCUUGCACAGGUGUACCGGCUCCUCCCCUCCAGUCUUGCACAGGUGUACCGGCUCCUCCCCUCCAGUCUUGCACAGGGGUUCCGGCUCCUCCCCUCCACUCUUGCACAGGUGUAACCAGCUCCUCCCCUUCAGUCUUGCACAGGUGUACCGGCUCCUCCCCUUCAGUCUUGCACAGGUGUAACAGCUCCUCCCCUUCAGUCUUGCACAGGUGUACCGGCUCCUCCCCUUCAGUCUUGCACAGGUGUAACAGCUCCUCCCCCUUCAGUCUUGCACAGAUGUACCAGCUCCUCCCCUUCAGUCUUGCACAGGUGCACCGGCUCCUCCCCUUCAGUCUUGCACAGGUGUACCGGCUCCUCCCCUUCAGUCUUGCACAGGUGUACCGGCUCCUCCCCUCCAGUCCUGCACAGGUGUACCGGCUCCUAACAGUCUUGCACAGGGGUUCCCUCCUCCCCUUCACUCUUGCACAGGUGUAACAGCUCCUCCCCUUCAGUCUUGCCAGGUGUACCGGCUUCCCAGUCUUGCACAGGUGUAACAGGUCUUG